AGACACUUCGUCUGUUGUGCGAAAGGGGGCGCAGUUUUCUGGUGGUGUAGAUGUGCUGCUCUUCUUCUGUCCUUCUCCUCUCCAUAUAACCCGCAUUGUUUAGGAUCAGCUGUGUGUCCGAAACCCCACCCAAGCAAGGGCAAAGAUACCGAGAGAGAGAAAGCGGUUGAUUCGGAACCCACCCGCUGUGGACCGAACCCGAGCUGUCUGUCAAUCUUCUUCUUCUUCUUCUUCUUCUUCUUGUUUUUCCCUCCGUUACAUCCGGAAGGUUUCAUCCCUCCAUCUUCCCUUCACCUUUCCUCUUUCCUCCAUCCUCCGGGCCGGAGUCAGCUGAUCGAUACACACACACAUACACACACACACACACACACACACCGCCUUCAUCAUCAUCUUCUUCAUCUAGGUCCAGGUCCAGAUCCAGGAUGAUCGCGUUAUUUAACAAACUCCUGGACUGGUUUAAAGCUCUGUUCUGGAAGGAGGAGAUGGAGCUGACGCUGGUGGGCCUGCAGUACUCCGGGAAGACCACAUUCGUCAACGUGAUCGCGUCAGGACAAUUCAGCGAGGACAUGAUCCCCACUGUUGGUUUCAACAUGCGUAAGAUCACUAAAGGAAACGUCACCAUUAAGCUGUGGGAUAUUGGAGGGCAGCCGAGGUUCCGCAGUAUGUGGGAGAGAUACUGCAGGGGGGUCAGUGCCAUCGUGUACAUGGUGGAUGCUGCAGAUCCGGAGAAAAUUGAGGCAUCUAAAAACGAGCUGCACAACCUGUUAGACAAGCCGCAGCUGCAGGGUAUUCCUGUUCUUGUGUUGGGCAAUAAGAGGGAUCUGCAUGGGGCGUUGGAUGAGAAGGAGCUGAUCGAGAGGAUGAACCUGUCUGCCAUUCAGGACCGGGAGAUCUGCUGCUACUCCAUUUCAUGUAAGGAGAAGGACAACAUCGAUAUCACACUACAGUGGCUGAUUCAGCACUCCAGAACCAGACGGAGCUGAGAGGUGGAGCUUCUGAAUAAGAAACAGUAUCAUGUGACCACCCGUAUGCCAAGUCCCACCCCCUUUGGGUUAUGCCCCUCCCCUAACUCUCUAAAACAACUUUCAUUCCUGUUUAAAAUUGUUAUAAAUAUGAUUUGCACUGUUUACAGUUUUAUGUUUGUUUGUUUUUAAACUUUUAUGCAUUUUUUAUAAUAACAAAAUUCAGACCAGAUGGAUUUCAGUCACAAGAUGAAGUGUGUGUGUGUGUCUGUGUGUGUGUCUGUGUGUGUGUCUGUGUGUGUGUCUGUGUGUGUGUCUGUGUGUGUGUCUGUGUGUGUGUCUGUGUGUGUGUCUGUGUGUGUGUGUGUCUCAGUCUUUUCAUAGGUCAGUAAAUGGUUAAAGGAUAAUUCAUGCUCUCUACAUUAAGGACACUUCAGUAUGUUAUUAAGUGUCGAACAUUUUAUUCCAUGAACUCUGAUAAAACUCUGCAAGGUUUUAAACCUGAUAAUGAAACUCACAGAAACACCUCCAUAACUACUGAGUCUGAGACCAGAGAGAAGUGUCUCAUGUUUGCCUUUGUUGUGUGUGUGUGUGUGCGUGUGUGUGUGUGUGUGUGUGUGUGUGUGUGUGUGUGUUAAGGAAGCAUCACAAAAAUAUCCACAGUGCUUCUAGCCGCCAGAUUAGCAUUGUGUGUAUAAAUUGCAGCAUGCUUAAAGUUUUUAAAUGGUUGUGUAUUGGCCACGAUGUGCUUUUGUUUUGUUUUGUGUCAGCUUUUUUCUCGCGGGUGUAUUGUGUGUUUUGGUGGCUCUGUGUGUGUGUGUGUGUGUGUGUGUUUUAUUUUCUGAACACCUAUUACACCUUCACACACACCACACAGUUUUGUGGUCAGUAUGGAUAUGAACGUUAUAGUGACAUCUCUGAGUCUGAGUUUUUUAACCUCAUGUGUGAUCAUUUGAGUUUUAAUCUAGAAAUGAAAUUGAUUAAAAGCAGCCGGUUUCUAUGGUCAGCUAGCUAACUUUGUUCUUCACUUAAGGUGGAAUAAUUAGGUUCUGAGGACUUGAAGAUCCAGUCCACCUUAAAUCAUUUGGCUUUCUGACCUGUGAGUCCAGACUUGUAGUAGUUUAUUUUCUGAAAAGGAAAUAAAGAAACUGUUCCUCUAUCAGAUAUUAAAGUGCCCCUGAUUUGCACUGAUUUUACGUCAGGUUUAAACUCCAGUCCACCUUAAAUCAGUCAUUUGGCGCUCUUGGUCUCAGAAUGUCAGAUAUGUAAUAAACAUUUAUCCUGUUUUAUUAUUAUUUAUUUUUUUCCUGUUGUGAUCAUCAUCAGUGUUAAAUCUGCAGUUCCACAUGUGUACAGCUCAGACUUUUUCAGACACAUGGUUGAGUUUAAAACCUCUCCUGAUUUUUAACUUGAUGUUGUAAAUAACAACAAAACCCAAAACCCUGCUUCUGACUGGACUUUGAGAGGAAAGAAAAAUAUGUUGUGAUUUCUGUGAUUAAAACUGACAAAUAAAAAACACUCCAUGAUUUAGAGAA